AUGUCGCCAUCUUCUCUUACUCCUGGUGCUAUACCAGCACAGAAUACCCCCAAGCAGGUGAAUCGGGGUCAUGAGUCGUCUCAACCUCUGGCGGAUGACGCCGUGGCGUCGACGGCAAGCCAGGCGGCAGUCGAGGCCGUGACAUCGAUCAAACACUUUCAGUACUUCAUUUCCCUCGUCUUCAGCAUCUCCAUCUUUGGCGCCUCGACUUUCGCCGUCAUCGCGGGCCAGAUGGAGGACCCCGCCGAACUGUGGAAGCCGGACCCUCCGCCCUUCACGUUGGCGACCGUCCGCAAAUUCCUCGCCGUCGCCUGGCUUUGUUUCAUUCUGUCCAUCGCCGUGGCGGGAUACAGCUCCAGCGUGUUGACCGCGCUACAGCAACAAGCCCGAGGGCGUUACGACAAAACGUGGAGCAGGCGAUGGCGCUAUGUCGGCAUCACUGCGUCGGUGGCGCUGCAUUUCCUACUGGUUUUUGCAUUCCUGUUCAUGGCACUGGGCCUGGUGGCGUAUGUAGGCACAAUCGGCUGGGUUGCCGUGGGGUUUUGUUGCCUCGCCGGUGUGUUUGUGUUAGGACUGUCCAUCUUCCAGUUCGUCUACGAAACCGAUGAUUUCUAA